AUGGAACCAGCGCCGUCUACAUCGCGUCCAUUUAAGGAGUUUGUUUCUCCGCGGAAGAAAAGAAAAAUGUCACACUUUAGUGUAUCUGAGAAGCUACCACUCAAGACGCCAGGAAAAAUCCCAGUUACUUGUUGGAAAAAAAUAGAUAUUCAAGAAUGGCUUUCAUCAAAGCAAAUUUCUUUUGAGGCAAAGGAAACAAAAGUCCAGCUCUUGAAAAAGGUGAAAGAUGUUAAGAUUCAGUACCAAUCGUACGUGGUCGAUGAGCUGGCAAAAGCAGUUGGUGUGGAGGUAUUGAGAUUACCUCCGUACCAUUGCGAAUUGAAUCCCAUCGAACUAGUGUGGGCAGACGUCAAGGGGUAUGUGGCCCGAAAAAAUACAACAUUUAAGAUGGCAGAUGUUAAAAAGCUGCUCCAGGAGGCUUUAAGCAACAUUUCAGCAGAAAAAUGGCAAAAUUGCAUCAGUCACGUAAAAAAAGAGGAAUCGAAAUUAGCUAGACUAGAUGAUAAUGUAGACAAAACUGUUGAUUCUUUUGUGAUAAAUGUGACAGGCGAGACGUCUUCGGAAAGCAGUUACUGCGAUACAGAGGAAUCAGAUACUGAUUUUUGA